AAACUAGAUCAGUGGCCGCUAGCGAGGGUAAACGAUAGACAAACUAUAUAGACACCCCCCCGCGCUGGACCCAUCGUCUGCUAUAGGGCCUACAUACGUGUGUGACUUUCGAAUGAAUUCGACUUUUGUGCGCAUCGCGAAGCAAAUAACCCAAACAUCGCCGCCUUUCUCCAACAACGAACGGAGGAUGAUUACAGGACUUCUUCACACGCUUAAUUGAGAGGAUCUCGCUAUACAUAUACUACGGUACUCUCUAUAUAUACUGCGUUCGCUAUAUACGCGUAUAGCACGUGUUGCAAACACCGAAGACUACUGGCUCGACACGAUGACGUGGACAGAGACUUCUCGUAGAACAAUUCUUCGUGCCAACUUCAACAACCAGGAGUGAUUUCGACUAGCAUUUUUUCGAUUGGCUAUCGUCAACGUCUUCACCGACGACGCCUUCCGCGUGCCGAUAUACACCGUGAUUGAUUAUCGGCUGUAUUGAGCAGCGUUGACUCGUGUGCAUCGUCACGAUGGCUAUGCUAUCGAUGUACUUCAGCAACUAUUGCACCAGCGCUAACCAGCAGGUCACCACCUUCGAGGCUCCGGCGAUCGCCAUGGCGACGAGCGACGUGCCGUACGCGAAGCCGAUCGACAAGCAGUUCCUAAACUGCGGCAUCUGCCUCGAGCGCUACCAGACUCCCAAAGUCCUGCCGUGCCUCCACACGUUCUGCGAGCGCUGCCUCGGCGAGUACAUCCCCCCGCAGAGCCUCACGCUGACGUGCCCCAUCUGCAGACAGCAGAGCAUCCUUCCGGAGCGCGGCGUCGCCGCCCUGCAGAACAACUUCUUCAUCUCGAACCUGAUGGAGGUUCUCAUGGAGCCGUCGCUGUGCACGUGCUGCCACCGCAACGCGAGCGCGACGUCCAAGUGCACCGACUGCGGUGACCUGCUGUGCAUGGCGUGCACAGACACGCACCGCGGCGUGACGCUCACGCGCUCGCACCAUGUCGUCAGCCUCAGCGAGCUCGCGAUGAGCGAGUACUCGGACUCGGACGGACGCGCCGAGACGGCGCUCAUGUGCCCGAGCCACGACAGCGAGCAGCUGCGCUUCUACUGCGAGACGUGCGAGACGGCGAUAUGCGACUUCUGCGCCGAGCUCGAGCACGUCGACCACGCCGUCACCGUGCUGGCAGACGCGAUCCAGGAGCACCGCUCAUCGCUGCGCACGCUCCUCGAUAAGGUCAACGCGAAGAUCCCGCUGCUUCGCGACGCGCUCGCGGCCGUCGGCGACGUGUCCGCGUCGCUCGCCGCGCGCGCGGCCGACGCCGAGGCCGAGGUGUCGGCGGCGUUCGAGCGCGUCGCGGCGGCUGCGCGAGAGCGAGAGGCGCGGCUGCUCGACGACGUGAGGCUCAUGCACGCCGCCAAGCAGGACGUGCUUCUGCAGCAGCGCGAGCAGCUCGAGAACUCGCUCGCGUCGUUCUCCAGCUGCGUCGACUUCACCGAGAACGCGCUGCGAAGCGCCGGGGAGACGGAGAUCCUCCUUGUCAAGAAGCAGAUGUCGGAGAAGCUGCUGGAGUUUGCGGAGAAAACCGUCGGCGUCGGCGCCGUCGACGAGAAUGACCGGCUCGCGUUCUCCGGCGCCGCCGACUGCGACCUCGCGGCGGCGUCGCUGCGCGGGGUCGGCGCCGUGGCGACGACCGAGGAAGAGAGAUCCUUUAAUGGAUUCUGCUCUCACUAUGUGUCUGGGAAAAUCCGCCGGUCAACCACCUUCGAGACUGCCGGCGAAUCGCCAUGGCGACAGAGCGAACCAGAUGCCGACGCGAUACGCCCGAUCGACAAGAGUUCACCUGAACUGCGGCAUCUGCCUGAGCGCUACCAGACUCCGACAGCAGAGCAUCCUUGCCGACGCGGCGUCGCCGCCCUGCAGAACGAACCUUCUUCAUCAUCCGAACCUGAUGGAGGUCUCAUGGAGAUCGUCGCUAGUGCACGUGCUGCACCGGACGCGGGCCGCGUCGUCGCGCCGACGGUCGCCGACGGCGGCCGCGGCGGAGACUACGAGCUGUCGUACGUCGUCGCUGAGGAGGGCCGCUACCACAUGUCCAUACGGCUCUACGGACAGCACAUCAAGGGAUCGCCGUUCAAGAUCCGCGCCAAGUCGGAGGACCGCAGCAGCGGGGACCGGCCGUCCAGCUCGAAGAUCCCACGCACGGCCGUGCGCCAGAAGGCGACCAAGCGUCCGCCGAGCGCGCGGUCCGGCGGCUCGAACCGCAAGAGCAACCCGAUCGAGGACGACCUUGUGCGGCGGAGCGGCGCGAAGGGCCGGAACCGCGGCGAGUUCACGAACCCGCAGGGCGUGUUCUGCACGCCGGGCGGCCGCGUCGUCGUCGCCGACAGCAACAACCAGAACGUGCAGGUGUUCACUGCCGCCGGCGACUUCAAGUUCCGCUUCGGAAUCCGCGGACGAAGCCCCGGGCAGCUGCAGCGGCCGACGGGCGUCGCCGUGAUGUCGAACGGCAACGUCGUCGUCGCCGACUACGAGAACAAGUGGGUGAGCAUCUUCGCGCCCGACGGGAAGUUUGUCUCGAAGAUCGGCUCCGGGAAGCUGCUCGGCCCAAAGGGCGUCGCAGUCGACCGCAACAAUCACAUCAUCGUCGUUGACAACAAGGCCAGCUGCGUGUUUGUCUUCCAGCCGAACGGCAAGCUGAUACACAAGUUUGGUUGCCGCGGUAACGACGAGCACCAGUUUGCGGGGCCGCACUUCGUCGCCGUGAACGCGAAGAACGACAUUGUCAUCUCGGACUUCCACAAUCACGCCGUGAAGGUGUUCGACUCCGAGGGAGGCUUCCUGUUCUCGUUCGGGUCGAACGGAGAAGGCAACGGGCAGUUCAACGCUCCGACGGGAGUGGCCGUUGACAAGCUGGGAAACAUCCUGGUCGCGGACUGGGGUAACAGCCGGAUACAGGUAUUCGACAGUCAGGGAUCGUUUCUCUCCUACAUCAAUACGACGGGGGACCCACUCUACGGACCGCAGGGUCUAACGGUGACGUCAGACGGCCACGUCGUCGUUGCAGACUCCGGAAACCAUUGCUUCAAGAUCUACAAGUAUCUUCAGUGAUCGUGCAGACGAUGUGAUAUGCAGAGGAGAAGCGUAGCUACCGCCACCUGUAGGAGCGCCGGUGAACUAUUCCAUUACGAUCACGGGAAGGAUGAAAACGCGAAGUGCGUGCGUGUGCGCGCUGUACCAUUCGCGCAAUUUCGGCGUUCGAUGAAAGUUUGAUUUCAACAAACUUGAAAAUAUUGCAUUUGACUAGCGAUAUUGCACGUUGCAUUCGCCCCCCUUGGCGUUGCGCAGUUUCCUUCCUGCGCGUAUAUAGAGGUGCUCAGCGUGAAAUGCUGCCUUUGCGAUAGGCGCUGUCGGGAAAAACUUGAAACCCCCACAGCCCGUCUUUCACCAGUCGUGGAAUCGUGUUACGCGCUCCGCUUAUGCUGUGAUAACUCAAACAUUCACGGACCAAUCUACUAAGCAGGCAAGCUGGAGAGAUGAUUGAGUGUGUAGAGUCUAUAUAGAGGCAAGUGCGUGUGUGUAUUUUUGCACUAGCCGUGCUUGAGACGCGUGUAUUUGUUAUGUAAUAUAUUGGGACAGCCGUGUAUUUUAUGUAUAUUCACUGCAUGCGCAUGAUAAGUUGAGUAUCAGUCGUGAACAUUAGUAAUAUUUAGCACUAGAUCUGAGUAUGUUAGUAUUACGUAGUAAAUUAUGAGCAUUUCUGGAUUUUUAUAUGUACACACGCCGCACGCGUACGAGAGUGUGCGCGGGAGUUCAAAGCACUUUACACGCUGGUGCCUUCUUUUCUGUUAGUUAUAAGAGGAACCCAUUUUCGUGGGCUAUAAUUUAACGAUAAACAAUUAUACUUUUUGUAACAACCUUCUCCAUAGCUCAUCGCUGACGGCAGUGUACUAAUCGAACAACGAUCUACAGAAUGUGUACACAAUUCCAUAAAAUCUGACAGCACGUGACGAGUUACAACACUCGAAUAUAUUACAUUACAAAUAAUGCUGUUAGAUACCGUACUGUCUACUGGCGAUUGAAAAACAAUAUAGUUGGCUGAAGAAAGCCGCCUUACCAUUUCAGCGUGUUAGAUAAUUAAUUAGACAAACCCGUACAGUCGUGAAUUCCGUUUCUCGUGGAAAUUCGCAAUGGACGCAUGAGCGUUAAUAACGUUACGACUAAAGGGUUAAAAUAGGAAUAAAAUGGAACAAAAUUAGUGAACUUCGUAAACAGACGCAUGCAUGGCAGCGACUAUGCAGGCAAUCAACUACAAAUGUCAACUAAUGACCGUGUUUAUAGGCGGGGAUUCCUCAUCUCCCAAUGACGCAAAGCUAUACGAGACUAUAGUAAUAGAGAAAUUGCUUUCCCCUUUGUCGCUCGGAAUUUUGUACGUGAUAGAGCACGCGGGAUUAAGUCGAUAAUCAGUAAGUUUCCACAUCAACACACGCCUUUCUCGUUGUUUAUGAUGGCGAACAUGGAAUUUGUUGUUGAUUGCUAGGUUGUAUUUUCUUUACCAUUACCCAUAAUAUAUAUAUGAGAAGACAUCGUUAAAACAGUAAUAAACAAGUCCCGCAGUACCUGAUUACCCCAAGUCAAAAUCUCUCCCCCCAAAUAAAGGCUCACAGUAAUAAACAUUGAUUUAUGUACAGUGUAGCCAGUUAAUUACUAAUUCUGUCUAUUAAAUCUACUAUAUUCAGUCCCCAUAUGAACCAUCAUGUAAGGCUGUAAGCAUAGUCUAAAUCCGCACCAAUCUCGCUUGAGAGAGCCGUCUGGUGGCGGUUUUCGCAAAAUUCUGCUAUUGACUAUUGAAGGGUAGGAAGUGUAACGUGUACAACGACGACGAUCAUCCAUAUUUAAUAUCGACAAAUGAUGUUCGAUCGUCUCUUGACGAUAUUAAGCAUCGAAAAAAAAAUGUGAAAAAUAAAAGUACCGUAUGGUGAAACAUUUAAAUUUCA